UACCUGUCGUACACGUACAUGGUCAUUCCCGCUAGGUUGUGUUAGUCCAACAGUCUUAACAUCCUCCAAGCCGACGUACAUGGCUGUGGUGCAAUCGUAAUAGAAGAAGUGAGCUUCAGCUGCUGCUUCACGUAUUACAACCCCCACGCCUGUAGCAAAUUCGACGAACCGUUAGUCCGCUUUGCCGUCGUCGUCAGGGUACACCAUUGUGGGACUUGGCUAGAAUAGCUUGCAACAUUGCGUUAGCAAUGGCGACCGUAACUACUACACCCCCUCCGAUAGCUACGCCGUCUCCACCAAGAUCACUGCAGCGGAAACCCCUGCCACCGUCGAAGCCGUCUCCCGGCUCUCCGCAGUUGAGAAGCUCUCACCACCAUGAACAUCAAAAUUCGAUAGCUGCAGAACCUACCACGGGAUCGCUGUCGGUGAGGAAUGGUCUCAUGUCUUCAGCAAGGACUGGCUUUCAACCAGGGGGAAACUGGACUCAGCCAGACAGUGCAGCGGUUCAAAAUGGCGAGUUCGAGCACAUAAGGCACAUGUCAAAUCAAGAUAGAGAGCUGCCCAAAUCACCCAUUCCUCCCACGCCGCCACCCCAUAGUCCUAUGCAUGUCCAGGCUCGGAUGCAGCAUGGGGCGCCGCCGAAACAGCAAACCCUGGAAAGCUCAAUAUCUCCCAAGUUUGCCGUAGAUUUACCGCAUAGAACCGGCCAAAUCAAUGCAAACAUAGGCGUUGACCAUGUUUUUGCUAAUACCUCGACGUCCCUGGAGCAAGAUGGUGAAAGCAUUCGGGAUGCGGCUUCCAGCCAGGACCCGUAUAGGCAGAGUCGCGAGUCCGAUACCACCCUUAGUACUCGCCAACAAACAUCAACAGAUUCAUCCGUUGAGACAAGCGCCAGCUCGCUGUCAGGGGGCCUUAAUGAGACGUCUGAGAGCCAGGUUCAAUGCGAUAGCAUGUCUGUAAAGGAAUCCAUUAUAGAGGGUACGAUACCAGAGGAACCACCGGUGCCGCAGCUGCAAUAUCACCACCAGCCUUUCCAGACUCGUGUGUCCAGUGUCCCAUUAGAGGCAAGUUCUCGAAAUUCAUCCACGCCCGAUGUCUCCGAGAGUGCAUUAGCCAUCAACCGUCACCUGACACCUAAUUCGUAUUAUGUGAGGAGGAGCUCUUUACCACGUCCCCAAUCGUCUUAUUCAUUGUACUCUGAUCUGGGCCAACGUGGCCGCUCUCCUGCCCUUGGAGCUCCUCAUGCUCGCGCCCCUUCUCAAAACCGUAGAUCACCCGACAAUAGAGCUUCGUCAUAUGGUGAACUGUUGAAUAUCCCUUACCCUCAGCCAGCACCAGCACCCAUUACAUUUGACAACUCAUACUUACGCAACAAUGUGGGUAAUAAUGCUUCCCUAUUAAGCACGCAGAAGACACUUGAGAUGUAUCGGCAGAACGUGAAGAAAACAAAUGACUUUUCCAUCCAAUACUCCUUUGCGGUAUUCCUGAUAUCUACAGCACAGGAACAGGGUCUGGACUACGAUGAACCUUCGCGAAGAAAGCCAAGUCCAAAACAAGGUUCUCAGAUGGGCGGGGUAGAGUCGUCGCCAACAGAAUUAAUACGGGAAGCUAAAAGUAUUUUAACAAGGCUAGCCAACGGUGGCUACCCGUUUGCCCAGUACUACCUUGCAGAUGGGUACGCGUCAGGUCUCUUCAAUAAAGGCAAGGAAGAUUAUAAUGCAGCGUUCCCCCUCUUCGUCCUCGCCGCAAAGCACGGCCACGCCGAAUCAGCUUACCGUGCCGGGUUGUGCUACGAAUUUGGAUGGGGCUGUAGGAAAGAUCCAGCUAAAGCAGUUCAAUUCUUGAGAUCGGCCGCAUCCAAAAAUCACCCUGGCGCAAUGACGAGGCUAGGAAAGGCGUGUCUGUCUGGGGACUUGGGUGAAAACCGGUAUCGAGAAGGCAUCAAGUGGCUAAAAAGAGCUACUGAAACCGCCGAUGCUAUGUAUAAUUCGGCACCAUACCAGCUUGGUAUGAUGUACGAGACAGGCUACGGUGACGACAUCUUUAAAGACGAGAACUAUGCUGCUGAGCUGUUCACACAAGCUGCGGAGCUCGGUCACCCAGAGGCUGGCUAUCGAAUGGGCGAUGCCUACGAGCACGGGAAGUUAGGCUGCCCUCUGGAUCCAGCGCUCAGUGUUCAUUUCUACACUGGCGCAGCAGAGCGGGGACAUGCUGCGGCCAUGAUGGGUCUUUGUGCUUGGUAUUUGGUAGGAGCAGAACCUAUCCUUGAGAAAGACGAGGAAGAGGCUUACGAGUGGGCCCGCCGGUCUGCUGAGCUGGGCUUUGUAAAGGCCCAGUAUACUGUCGGAUACUUUACCGAAAUGGGCAUUGGAUGUCGCCGUGAUAUCCUCGAGGCCAAUGUAUGGUAUGUCAAGGCGGCGGAUGCUGGCGAUGAACGUGCAAAACAAAGACUCCAGGCCAUCCGCCUAGCCGUGAGUGGUGGAACCCCCAUGGAUGUCGCACCCGCCAAGAGUAGUAAAAUGAGGAAAAGUCAGAGCAAAGAGGAUAAAGACUGUGUCGUCAUGUAGGCAGGGUUCUACAGAUACAGAAAGGAGAACUUUUCUGAGGAGGUGACCUUUUUUGAAUACUGUCCGGAAGCGAGGGUGAUCACCCGAGUCAUAAUUCUCUUCCUGAGCUGCGACUCGGAGAAUGAAGGUUGGGAAUUAGAAGGGGCCAAUGGGAUAAAGCCCUAAAGUGCUUUUAUACGAUCUCUAGAAGGACUUGGGUCGGGUUAGUCCCUGU